UCACCAAGUAUCUGCCCUUGCAAGCUGUUUCAUUCCUCUAGAUAAAUCAGAUGUAAAGGCAGAACUAAGAAAUGAACUUAACAGACCAUUGCAGCAGCUCCAAGGAAGUGCACGGAAAAUUGCAGAGCAGCAGGCCUUCCCUGAUGGACGUUAUCUACUCUUGGUCAAAGACUCAAAGUACUGACGUUGUUCUAUUUUUUGGUGAUCUGAAGGGGAAAGUUCCCCUCAGACAUUCAAGAAAGAGCACCCCAGGAAUAAAUUUGUUGCUGUUGUUGGAAAUGUAGCUGGAGAGCAGUGGAAAUCUAUUUCAUAAGUUCUGUGUCUAAUACGUAGGUUUGACAAUAAUGAAAGGAUGUAAAUAAAAGACUGAAACCAUGAGUUCCAAGUAAGGUUUAGCCAUAUCUCUGGAUAUCUAUUUUGAUUUAUCAUUGAUGUAGAAAGAUCAUUCAAAACAAAUCUUAUCAUGUUAAAGGAUUUGUGCCCGAUAUUCUAAUUUUUCAGAUCUCUGUAUGCAAAGAGAUGCAAUGAGA